CGAGAAAGCCAUUAAUGUCUCGUAGAUAGACGGCCACAUUGUUGCCAAUAAUGAUUUAUUUUCACUCCUUGGCAUCACGCGUGUUGUUUUUUCGUGACUCUUGUCGAUCUUUGGGUGUUUUAGGCUAAUAAUGAAUGUGGAUAGUGACAGCUAGCGUGCAGGGCGAGUGACAAGGAGGAAGAAGAAGAAAAGGGGGGGGGCUGACAUUAAAGCAACACAACAAGGAAACUACACUGCCUUCAUUUUAUCUUCUUCAAUAAUAGCCUCAACCAGUGUGGCCACGACGUGGCUCACCCCUUAUACAGACAGCAAACACCUCCGUCCACACUGGAGCUCACCGACCGAGCCCGCUCAGCAUCGAGUGCCGAGUUGGAGCGACUUGUUCCCGGCGUUCUCGGAGCCAUGAUGGAGCCACCCAGCUCACCACAGGUGAUUGAGGAUGGAGGAGAGGAGGAUGAGGAGGAACUAAGUGGAGGUGAGGAGUCUGACCUGCGCUCCACCUCAGGCCGGGGCUCCUUACUCACCCGUAGAGGCAUCACGCUGAGAGUGCUCCUUAAGGAUGGCCUGGUGGAGCCAGGUGACGGCGUUCUGGCUAUCCACUACUUGGGUAAGAACUUUAUAGGGGACUUGCUGAACGACGGGAAAAUCCGUUGGGUGGAGACAGGUCAGAUCUUCAAUUCACCAAGUGCAUGGGCCACCCACUGCAAGCGCCUGGUCAACCCAGCCAAGAAGUCUGGCUGUGGCUGGGCAUCAGUGCGCUACCGCGGACAGAAGCUGGUCCAGUAUAAGACCACGUGGCUGCAUAAGUACCAGCCCAGUGCAGACAUGAGCCUGGUGAGCGAGGAGGACGAUGACGAGGAUGAAGAAGAAGGGAAAUCAGCCGUGCAGGUGGAUGAGAAGAACAGAAACAACAAACCUGGAGGACUACAUGAUGUUCUUGCUCCACGAAGAACAGACCGAGAGAGAAUCCCCGUCAGAUAUUGCACUUUGGGCACCAGGGAUGCUACCAGAGACCCUCACACGCUGGUGGAGCUCUCUGCCUUCUCAGCCAUUAACAGAUUUCAGCCUUUCAAUGUGGCCGUAUCCAGUAACGUGCUGCUGCUCAUGGACUUCCACUGUCACCUGACCACUAGUGAGGUGGUGGGAUACCUGGGAGGACGAUGGGACACGAACACACAACUGCUGACCAUCUUACGAGCAUUUCCUUGUCGAACGAGACUGGCUGACAAAGACACUGCCUCUGCUGUUGAGGAGGAGAUCUGCCAGAACCUGUUCAUGCGUGGCUUGUCUCUGGUGGGGUGGUACCACAGUCACCCGCGAGGUCCGGCCUUGCCCUCCCUGCAGGAUAUUGACUCACAGAUGGACCACCAGCUGAGGCUGCAGGGAUCCAACAACGGCUUUCAGCCCUGUUUGGGUGUCAUCUGUGGGCCGUACUAUCAUGGCAAUCAAGGUGUGGCCUCCACUAUAACACCAUUCUGGGUGGUAUCGCCACCUGAGCAAAGACCCAACGACUAUGGCAUCCCAGUGGCUGUGGAAGUCACCUAUGUGCAAGAUAACUUCCUCACCAGUGAUGUCCUCAACGAAAUGAUGCUGUUGGUGGACUACUACAAGGCCGCUCCUGACCUCAUCCAUUUCAGUCAGUACUGGUGUCCUGAUACCACCAUGAUGGAUAAGAUCAAGGGGUCUCUGAGCUGCCACGCCCCCAAGGACCAAGCCUACUCUCAAAUCUUGGAGCACGUCUACAGUCAACUGAGCGCCGUACAGGUGCCUUGAAAAUGCUUGGCCCGUGAGUGCUAGUAAGAAAAGCACAUAUGCCGACAGCUCCAUGUCAACUAUUGUAAACUUUUCUUCAGGACCUUUUGUGCCAGUUACUUUAUUUAUUAUGGCGUAAGGACAAAUGCAUACUUUCCAUGUGCUGAUUCACAUUUAAAGCAUAUCUAAUACACUGGAAUUAUAUUUGAAAAAAAUCGUCUGUUUUGUUUUGAAGGAAAAAAAAUAUUUUUUUUCUGUUUAUUGUAAGAAGUGUGAAGUCAGGAAAGAAGCACAUACAAUUAUUGAUAACAGACCAGUAUGACAGGUAAGUCCAUACCGAAUGUAAAAACCUUUUAUAGGGUAUUAUAAUUAUAACAAUAAUAAGGACUACAUGCAAGUUUUAAGGGUUUGGAUAUAAAAAAUAGUACAAUAUUUAAGACUGAUUAAACAAAACAUAACCCUUUACAACCAUAUAUGCAAAAUAAACAGUCUUGUGUGUGUGCGGGGAAACAGUUUUGUAGUGUUUAGAGACGUUACACAGGAAAGUGCCACUAUUUAGAAUUGGGAAAAGCAGCAAUAAGUAGCUAUGUUAGGCUUUGGUUUUAGGAUCAUUAGUCACUCCUCCCUGUUCCAAAUAAAAGCUAGCAAGAAUUUGCCUUUUUUUAAUCCUUUUAAAACAGCAAAAAAAUCUAGGUGUCAACAUGUAAACACAUAAGGUCCAAACACAGUGGAGGGGUCUGUUAAAACUCACAAAACACUAAUGAAAGAUACAGUCCCCAAGUCAAAACAUUCCCUUGAUGUUUUCCCUUUUAGGCUACAUCCUACCAUAAAGACUGUAUUUGUGUAUUAAGAGCACAGGAAUGGUCAAAAUGUACCAACACUUAAAAAAAUUCAACGAAUUCCGGAGUGGAGGACAGAAUGGGACACAGUUUCACAUUAUGGCAAGACAAAGGAUAGAAAGUCAUGAACAGCUGCCAGCAGCGUCAUAUUUUUUUUUAGGCACUGUGUGGGUUAAAACGGGCUCUAACAAAGAUGUGGCUGCAUUUAAGUGACUAAAAAGGUGCAACGUUUGCAUUUCAUGGUGUGUAACUGGAGUAUCAACACACACACAAGUCAAUCUCAAUGGAGGUACAACUCUCACAUGUCGCGUAAGCAGCUCUAUUUAAAGCAAAUGAAAUGAAACAUAAUACUGUGCAGUCACUGUGAUGCUUUUGAAAAACGGACCAUUUAAAAAAACACAGGGAUGGCUAAUUUGUGUCAUGUGGUUCCAAUGAAAACAUGAGUUCUCAGAGUGGCCAGCAGGUGGCAUUGUUGAAUUACUAAAAAGGGGAUUAUUCAGUCAAAAGUUGUCACACAACCUGAGCUUUGUGUUUGAAAUUGCAGGUCAGUCCUCCACGCGGUUUUAGUGGAACCGCCUUUCUUUUGUCUUCCUUCCCUCCCUCCCACCUUCCUCCCUUCCUUAGUGUGGUAGUGGAACCAACACCUCAACAUAGUUGAGGGGGAAGAAUCCCGACUGGCCAUUGAGCAUCCCCUCAUACCAAUUCUCGUCGAUCUGAUUGGUCAGCGUGAUGAUGUCGCCCUCACGAAAGCCCAGCUCACCCUCGUUCUCCGGCUCAAAGUCAUACAGCGCUUUGCAGCUGGGCUGCUCCGGGGCUGUGGGCCAGAAGGAGAGUUUAGGACUUUUCAGUUUCCAACAGUUCUUUUACAAAAACAACAAAAGUGUAACAUUCUAUGACACCAUGGUUUCACUGGUGUCAUCCCCUCUUACAGCAUGUUUUGUUUAUCGACCCACUCCCUGGUCACUGAUCUGAUCUGAGACCAGCAGAGGACAGAUGAGCUUCAUGCACAAACAAACUAGACAAUUGUCCACCAACAAAGUCAGUCUUUGUGUAGCAUUGUCAGUCUAAGCCUUGAGAUGAUCACUCUGUUUCGUUCAUAUGAAAGAACUAUGCUAUGGUAAUCGUAGUUCUUUUCUAUUUGAGUUUAACUUGUCUGGUUGCUACCUGAAACGUAUGGUACAUCUUAUAUGGACACUGUGUGGACUAAAAGAACCUCAGCGUCAUCCAAAGUCUUAGCGCCAUUAAAAUCAACUGGCUUCUUGCCGUAUAAGUCACUGCCAAAAGUUUGCAGGAGACCAGUUAUAAAAACAGACUUUGGGAGCACAAAUGAUUU